AUGACAAUUACGUUGUCUGUGUCUAGUGAUUUAAUUGACCUUCAUGACAACCAAAGCCUGCCUCCUCCAGAACUAAACAUCAGCAACUCAUGUCCAGCUAAUCUUCCUAAUGUAAAAAGGGAACUCACAGACUCAGAAGCAAGAGCGUUGAUUAAAGAGAGACAAAAGAUAGACAACCACAACUUGAAUGAACGAAGAAGAAGAUUUGAGAUUAAUAAUAAUUUAAAAGAACUGCACACUUUGAUACCCAAAUCAAAUGACCCAAAUAUACGCUGGGAUAAGACAACGAUCCUAAAAGCCUCAGUGGAUUACAUCCAUAAACUGCAGAGAGACCUGCAGUGCACAAAAGAACCAAAAGAACUAGAAAACAAUCUGAAGAAGUUAGAACAUGCCAACAACCACUUGCUGCUCAGAAUACAGAAACUUGAGAUGCAAGCUCAAGCAUAUGGACUGUCUCUUACUCCAUCUACAAACUUUUAUUCCCCUGAUAUGAUCAACACAGUUAUCAAACAAGAGCCUGUGCUGGACAACUACACCCAAAACAUAAUGCCACACCACGCAAACCUGUCCUGCACCACCACCAGCCUCGACUUCACCAACAGCUCCGUCACCUUCAGUGACAACCUCGGGAAUGUAACUGAACCAACUGGCACUUACAGUGUUCCUGUGAAAAUGAGAUCCAGACUGGAAGAUAUCCUAAUGAACGAGAAAUACUAG